AUGGCAUCAAUACUGUAUGGCUCAUGGGAAUCGAUAAUUGCUCUGUUGCUAAUUUUAUCAAUAAAUCGAGCUGCGACAAUUAUUUUAAAUGAAACCAGCAAACUGUAUUGCCAUAUACUCAUGCUUUUGGGAACAAUGUUUGGCUUUUCAAUUUUUGUAAUGAUGAUUACUCCAUGGUUCACAGGGCGAUAUAUAAUACAUUUCCAUUCAUGGGCAAUGGAUGAUGAUAUAGUAAAUUAUAUGUUCAAUGAAAUUUCAUUUGGCACGAAUGCUGUACUAAUCAUCUUAACGUUUAUCAAUCAUGUUAUCAUCAUUUUUUGUCUCAUAUUUAAGCUAAUAUUCGAAGUCACUGAAUUAUCGUUCAAAGCAGAAAUAAAAUUACUUAUACAAAUGAGCGUUUUAUUCUUUUAUUCGUCAUCAAUAACUUUCAUAUCUCGUUAUUCGACAACAUUAUUUCGCGGUAUUCGAUGGCCCUAUUUGCUAAUUUCUUUCCUUUGGAUGCAAUUCCCUGGCGUCAAUGCAAUUUUACUAGUAUUCACUUCUACGUAA